UCUUCCAAACUAAUUUACACAAUUGCAAUGUGACUGCCAAAUAGAUCCCAAGCAAGCGCUGGUCAUUAAAUCAGCGUAAUCAUAUUCACACAAAUUGUCAUUCUCUCUCUUUCACACACACAGAGCUGUUAAGUGUUUGAUGUUGGUGUUUGUUUGCAGGUAUGGAGACAUGGUUCCAAACACCAUCGCUGGAAAGAUCUUCGGCUCUAUCUGCUCUCUUAGUGGCGUGCUGGUUAUCGCCCUCCCUGUGCCCGUCAUUGUGUCGAACUUCAGCCGGAUCUACCAUCAGAACCAGAGAGCUGACAAGAUGAGAGCACAGCAGAAAGUGCGACAGGCAAGGAUUCGCAUGGCCAAGAAGGGAACCACCAAUGCCUUCCUACAAUACAAAGAAGAAGGAGGAUUCCAGUUUCCAGACAAUGACAGCGCUCUGUGUCUGAAGAACAGAUCUUCGUUUGAGCACCAACAUCAUCACCUGCUACAUUGUCUGGAAAAGACAACCAACCAUGAGUUCACAGACGAGCUGACGUUCAGUGAGAUGUGCAUGACUGAGUCUUUGGGUUACCGUACCAGCCGCAGCACCUCCAUCUCCAGCCAGCAGGGGCUGUCGACGUCCUGUUGCCCCCGCAGAGCUAAGAGAAGAGCCAUCCGCCUCGCCAACUCCACCGUAUCCGUCAGCCGGGGCAGCGUGCAGGAGCUGGACACUCUACAAGUGCACAAAACAUAUGUUGGACCCCAAAGCCGCUCCAGUCUGAACGCCCGGACAGAAGACCUGAAGCUCAAUUGUGACGAUAGGGAUUUCACAGCGGCUAUCAUCAGUAUACCCACCCCUCCUGCCAACACCCCCGACGAGAGUCUGCCGCCCUCUCCUGCCAUUCCCGGGAUCUUACGCAACUCCCGCUGUUCCUUCACCCACGAGACAGUGAAGAUCUCCUCCUUAUAACCGCCACAAGCACACAAGCACCCUCUACUGCACAACAGAAAGCAAGUGAUGGGGGAAAGAGCGCUUCUCCUAGGAAAAGACACAGUGCAUCUCGUAACAUAUCUGCUUCAUUCCAAAUCGACAGUUUGACGCAGACUCGCAUGAGCUGACGUGCUUUUUUGUGACCCUGUUGUACAUCGGAGGACCCCGGACUGUUCACGCAGACUGAUCGGACACGCUUGUUCGGGGGAGAUUGAAAGGACAAACUCAAUCCGACGCAUUUUACAAUGAUAAAUCAGCAGUCAUAGUGGCACAGAAGGCCUUUUACUUUUAAAGAUAUGCAAUGUUUCAACAAGCAGGAAUUAUGCCUAUAUACAUCCACUGCGUAAUACAGUUGCAGGAGAGAUUACAAAAGGUGGGAAUGAUCUUUGCAGGGAAAAA